CAGAGGAUAGCACCAACUAGCAGCGUGGAGGUACAGGGCACCACACAGGACAGCACAACAGACAGACACACCCGACCUCAAAGUACCCGACCAAGACUGGCAAGCUUGGUUUCUUAGCAGCACACGACCCGACGCUCAAUUUUUUGACUUUCUAUCGACAGAAAGCAAACCACGAUAUCCCGAUUCGACGUCUAUUCAGAUAAUCCAGAACCGAAUCUUGACCGAGACGACAACACGUGCCAAGGCUCGUUGUAUCUUUCGCGCAGGAGCUUCCAAGUUCCAACAUCUGGCCUCGUCACAUCACAUCACACUCCAUCAACCGCACCGAGCUUGUCCGACUUCGAAACCGGCACUCGCUCGCCUCCAUCGCCAUAUCUCCCAAACCGACUCGAAUCUCCAUGCACCCGCCCAAUUGAGAGAGGCGCGCCGCGAUGGGCCCUAAUGCUGGCAACGGCGUGGGCGGCCUGGAGAUGGGACCUAUGAUGCAGGGCAAUGGCUCCAACAUCCCCCAGGCCACCGAGUACACCCUCCAGGGCGUCAUGCGAUUCCUGCAGACAGAAUGGCACAGACAUGAGCGCGAUAGGAACUCGUGGGAGAUUGAGAAGCAGGAGAUGAAGGGCCGCAUCGCCAACCUUGAGGGUCAGGCGCGGAGGGCGGAUGCCACUCAACGCGUGCUGAGGAAAUAUGUGACUAUGCUGGAGCGAAAGGUCAAGGAGCAGACGGCUCAGCUUCAGGGGCAGGAAGCCGUUGAUGCAGAGACGGCGGCUAAGAAUGAUCGGGCUGCUAAGAUACAAGAGAAGCUGAGAUCUACUUUGGAGGAUAUGCCCGUACCCGGUGUCGAUGGCGUUAACUAUGAGAAGCUCGACAGAGGUGACGAGGAAGCUCAACGACAAGAUCUCAAGACGUUCCUUGACCAAUGCCAAUCCGAAUUUAUGUACCUUAUGAUUACCCCCGCGAACCCGCAGCCACCUCGAGAAUCCCCCCCGCUACCGAUCAUGGAGGAUCUGCGGGAAGUCGAGGCGUUUGGCAUGCCAGCUCCCCAGCAGCAGUUCCAGCUACCAACACGAAAUGCUCAGAAUCACGCUCAAGAAAUGAACUCGAGGGUAUCUCAGCAGAAUCAUGCGCCUCAUGGUCAAAACCAGCAGCAGCACUUUGGCCAGAAGCAAGAACACCAGCCUCAGCCAAUGGUGCGGUCCGAGCAUCCACCCGUCAUGUAUCAAAACUCUAAUGACUGGUCUGCACCUGUGUCAGUAACAUCCCGACCGGUUGAAGAUCACAUGUCACAAGCAAACCAUGCGGCAGAAGUGCUAGGCGGAAUGGAUGAUUCCGCUGAACUUAGAGAGAAACACUCUGCACAACCUGAGAACGAUGGAUGGGAGUUCCCUGAGGGCACAUUCCCUGAACCCGGAAACUCCCAGCCCAAUUCUCAACCUAACCGCCCUGAUACCGAUGCUUUCCCUACCGCUGAUAACCUCCCUAAGUCGCCGAGCAGACGAGAUAGCUCCCACCGACGAAAAGGCUCUAUGUCUAGAAGACGAAGUGCCGAUCAUGAGCUAGCUUUGGCUGCCCAAAAAGCUGAGAGUGGUAAUUUCAAGCUCAGAUUUGGACUCCGAGGUCAUCUCGACACUGUUCGCACAAUAAUUUUCUCUGGAGGCGGUAGCCCAGGCGAGCCAGAAAUCUGUACUGGAGGAGAUGACGGUAUGAUCAAGCGCUUCCACAUUCCUCGAUUAGACGGUCACCCUGGUGGUCUUGCGCACACAGCGUCAGACCUUGAUGUUACAGCCAACUUUACGCACCGUGGUCACUCAGGAGCAAUUCUGUGUUUGACAUCGUGGUCACCCUCGCCGAAUUUCUCAACUGGAGGUCGCGCACAAGGCGACGGCUGGAUAUUCUCCGGUGGCCAAGAUGCGACCAUUCGAGUUUGGGAGCGUGGAAGAGUCGAUCCUAAGGCGACUCUUGAAGGACACACUGAUGCUGUCUGGGCUAUCUGUGUUCUGCCAGCAACUCUUGGUCAAAUAUUCGGAAGCUCAAGUCCUUACGGUAGUACGGAUCGUAUCUUGGUUGUUUCGGGUGCUGCAGACGGCAGUGUUCGUUUGUGGUCAGUGAGCGCGCCUCCUCAGCUGAGCUCACCACAACCUGGAACGAACCGAGCCAUGACCGGUCGCGGAGGUAGAGUCCGUGGUAACUCGAUGAGCUCCGGCAGUGGAUUCUCCAAUACCCCCCAACCUACUAUCGCCUCCAACUCACCCUUCAACCAUACACUUGUACACAACAUCUCGAGGUCUGACGGCUCCACCGCCAGUCCGACGUGCAUCACACCUCUGGGUACCACUGGAGAGUCGUUCGUUGUCUCGUACUCAGAUGCCGCCAUUAUCGUUUAUGAUACCCGAACCGGUGAACAAAUCGGCAACAUGGACAGCCUUGAAACAUAUGAUCAGUCUAACAAGACCAGUGUCAACGCUGUUGUGGCGACGACAAUCGGUCUUGAUCAGGCUAAUCAGAACCACAGUGGUAGUAUAGGUGAGGAAGAUGCUAGCGCAGGUGCUACUGGAGGUGGACGAUCAAUGGCUGGCUCAGGUGUUGAGGGGACUAUCAUUUCUGGCCACGAAGACCGCUUCAUCCGGUUCUUCGAUGCCAACAGCGGUCAAUGUACAUAUAACAUGAUUGCUCACCCCGAUGCCAUCUCCAGCCUUUCCCUCAGCCCCGACGGUCGUGAACUCGUCAGCGCCGGUCAUGACGCCUCACUCCGCUUCUGGAGUCUUGAGAAGCGUACCUGCACGCAAGAAGUAACAAGCCACCGCGUGAUGCGGGGCGAAGGCAUCUGCGCCUGUGUAUGGAGUCAAGAUGGUAAAUGGGUAGUCAGCGCUGGCGGCGACGGCGUGGUAAAGGUGUUUGCACGAUAAUGGUGAUAGAUGCUUUACAUGUAUGUAUGUCAUGAUAUGGAGGAGCUUCUUUUUUAACGGUACGGAUGGUGCAUUGUUGCUUGGUGGACCAUGAUAUUGUAGCAGUUGAAUUGGGGAGCUCAGCAACGAGACGGGAAACCCAAGUGUCAUAGUAUCUGUAUGUGUUGGUCCUGGAGGAGGGUGAUUUCGCUUAUUUAUACUACUCGUCGAUACCCGGCAUUUAGUGGUGGCUUAUCUUUACUUCUAGUAUCAUCACGGAGUGUAUUCAUAGUAAGAUAUUCUUGAUAGCAAAAAGAUCGGGUAGCUAACUGGUUAGUGAUCUAACGUAAU